AUGGGAAACCAAUACUCAGCCGAAACCAAAGUUACACCACCAAGAUUCAACCCUUCACAUCAUAUUACCAGAUUAGCCAAGGUUAUAUUUCAAUUCAAGUUUAACACUAUCGUGAAUGAAACUGCCCACACAGCUUUCAAAGUAGUUGUAAGCUAUCUCGAUAAGAAAAUUGUAAAAAAGCUCUUUGUGGCAGGAGAUGGUUAUGAUCAAGAAACCAAGGAAGCUAGAUGUUCUAUUAUUGUUCCAGAAAAUAUUCUGUUCAAUGCAAGAAUUGAAACUUUGGAUGGAAUAGUAGUUCACUCAGUUGAAAAUGUAAUGGUACAAUCUCUCAAAAAGGAAACAACAGAACUGUUACACAUUGAUUUUAAUUGUGAAAUGCUGAAGGAACAGAUUAUUACUCAAUUGGAGAUGAUUGGUGAUAAUCAAAUCACUUUGGCUGGUGUCUCCAUUGCAUCUGGUGGAAAAUCAACCAUCUUGAAUAGAAUUCUUAAAACACUCAAAUCAAAACGAGUUCCAUUUAAGGAAGGUAGUGCAAGUUUCAUGGAAAUGGCCUACAAGAUCCUCUCUGAUGCUAAAAAUCCGUCCAAAGACUAUCUCAAUUCAUUCACUAAGGAUGUAUCCAAGAUCCCAAUUGAUGAUGUCGAAAAAUUUGAAAAGAUCUAUCUUCAAGAUAUGCCAGGAUUUUUCAAAUUCGAUAACGAAAAGCAACUCAUUGAGAAGUUUGAAUUUUCUGAAUAUUUAUUCAAGACAGUUUUUGAACAAGUUGCACAAGAAUUUGAUGCUCCUCAUGCUGUGUUUGUUCCAAUUCCUAUUAACAAUCCAACCAUGUUCUCAACAGAAUCUAAAACUAAGGAAACCAUGCUUGACUAUUAUACAUCGAUUCCAUCCUAUAUUUCCUCUGAAUUCUCCACCUCGUGCAUUUAUUGCUACUCUAAAAUUGAUGGCCAUUCCAUUUUCAGAGAUUACAUUGAGAAGAGUGUUCCAAUACUUGAUAUGAGAACUCAAGAUGAAGUUCCAAUUGAAAUCACCAAAGCCAAUGUAUUGAAAUUGUUCUAUGAAUGGGAUAUUUUAGAGACGGGCGAUGGAAACUUUGAGAAUAUCGUUUCUGCUGACUAUCCAAUUCCAUUCAUUUCCAAAUUCCAAUGUAAAAAUGAGGAAAUUGUCAAGAUUUUCGAAUACAUGCAUUUGAAAUUACUUUUGAAGUUGGUUGAGGUAGCACAUGCUAAAAUUUCCUCGGCCCAAACUAGUACCAUUCAAAUUAUUAAGAAAAAUAAUAAUUAUGAAAAGUCUCAUGAUUAAUUGAACAAUUCCAAAAUAAACAACUCUUUAUUCC